CCUGCCUUCACCGUCUCCGCGUUUGUGUUGGUGCAGCUAGUGCAGCAGGAUGCCGGAGCCUUCCCGCUCCACUCCAGCCCCCAAGAAGGGUUCCAAGAAAGCCAUUACCAAGGCGCAGAAGAAAGACGGCAAAAAACGCAAACGGGGCCGCAAGGAGAGUUACUCCAUCUAUGUGUACAAGGUGCUGAAGCAGGUGCACCCCGACACCGGCAUCUCGUCCAAGGCCAUGGGCAUCAUGAACUCCUUCGUCAACGACAUUUUCGAGCGCAUCGCCAGCGAGGCCUCCCGCCUGGCGCAUUACAACAAGCGCUCGACCAUCACGUCCCGAGAAGUGCAGACGGCCGUGCGUCUGCUGCUGCCCGGGGAGCUGGCCAAGCAUGCCGUUUCCGAGGGCACUAAGGCUGUCACCAAGUACACCAGCUCCAAGUGAGGCGCGGCGCGGGCGCCCCCAACCCAAAGGCUCUUUUCAGAGCCACCUUCCAAACUCAAAAAAGGAGCGUGCUGUCUGGUGUGAUUAAGACCUGUCAUUCACUUGAUGUGCAUUGGGAUGGGGGGUGUAUUGGACUUUGGGACCCUGAGGUAAUGCACUCUUUGUUUAUAAUAAUACAUUAAUAAAUUAGGCUGGUUCCAUUUUGACCACAGAACGUAUUUUAGUAGAUGGCUUCGGGGAACGUUUGAUGUGGGCUGUGCGGUUAGGGACCAGGGGCUUCAGCAGCAUGCUCUCCUCAUCUUCCCACCCUGUGACCCCAUUCUCCCUCCCCCAUGUCCUGCGGAGUGCUGUAUUGAGGUUCAGGUUGUGCUGUUGUGACUGCUGCUCUCGGAGGAGCCAUCUUCCUCCGCCGCUUUGCUCCCUUCCUCCACUUGCGAGGAUUAGACACUUGGAGCUCUUCCAGCCAAAAACAGUUUAAGCAAGUCUGUUUAGUAUUGUACUCGAAACGCCUAAAAAUGCGAUGUAUGGCUCCUGCUUUCCAGCCUUACCGCUAAGCCAAAAUAUUGACAGUGGAAAUUCUGGCCUUUUAUCCAUGCAUGUGUUUGAAGGAUAAAAAGUCCUUUUGUUUCAUCUCAA